AUGGAUCACGUAGGGCUGAUUGUCUUCGUGUCUCUCUGGAGCUCAGCGCUCUGGGCUGAAGACAGUUCAGUGACUGAUGACAUCAGAUUGGUGGGAGGAGCCAGCCGCUGUGCUGGUAGACUGGAGAUGAAGGUCCAGGGAGAGUGGAAAUCGGUGUAUAACCCUUUAAGACGUUUGAAGCCUGUACGAGUGUCUAAGGUCAUUGCUUUAAACCCGUAUGGGACACCAGUAGAUAACCAGUAUGACCCGUCAAGGAAACCACCAGUCAAUGACCAGUAUGACCUGUACAAGACAGCAUUGCAUGACCCGUAUGGGACACCAAUAGAUAACCAGUAUGAGUGGAACCUGGCAACGGCAGCUAAAAUGUGCAGACGGCUCAACUGUGGUUCUGUUGUUUCACAACGAACAAUACGAGGUUUCCCUUCUGGUGUUUGCUUACACGACUAUAUUAACUUAUUAGAAAAAAACCCAGAACUGUCCCCUUCCAAGUUGGAGAUCACCUGCUCAGAAUCUGUCAGGCUGGUGGAUGGGACUAGUCUGUGUUCAGGCAGACUGGAGGUAAAGUCUAUCCAGUCUAACCAGUCCUGGUCCUCAGUGUGUGAUAAAGACUUUGACCUGCAGGAUGCAGAGGUGGUCUGCAGGGAGCUUGGCUGUGGGGCUCCUUCCGUCCUCGAGGGGGCGCUCUAUGGAGACAUGGAGGCUCCAGUGUGGACCAAAGAGUUCCAGUGUAGAGGCCAUGAGUCUGCUCUGCUGGACUGUGACAGCUCAGAUAGAAACACCUGCUCUUCUGGCAAAGCUUCUGGACUCACCUGCUCAGAACCUGGUGUGGUCAGGCUGGUUGGAGGAGCCAGCCGGUGUGAUGGCACACUGGAGAUGAAACACCGGGACGAAUGGAAACCAGUGACUGGCGGGAGCCCCAGCCUGGGAUUAGCAGCCCGGGUGUGUGGAGAGCUGGGCUGUGGCUUGGCUCUUUCAAUCAGAAGGCAAAAUCAGAUACCAAAAGAAGCUUGGGAAAUCACAUCUGACUGUAAUGCAUCUUCACUCUUGAAAUGUUUUAAAGAAUUUACAUAUUCCAUUAACAUCAUGGAGAUAACCUGCUCAGACUCUCAGACUGCCAGGCUGGUGAAUGGGACUAGUCUGUGUUCAGGCAGACUGGAGGUAAAGUAUACCCAGUCUACCCAGUCCUGGUCCUCAGUGUGUGAAGAAGACUUUGACCUUCAGGAUGCUGAGGUGGUCUGCAGGGAGCUUGGCUGUGGGGCUCCUUCAGUCCUCCAGGGGGCGCUCUAUGGAGACAUGGAGGCUCCAGUGUGGACCAAAGAGUUCCAGUGUAGAGGCCAUGAGUCUGCUCUGCUGGACUGUGACAGCUCAGAUAGAAACACCUGCUCUUCUGGCAAAGCUGCUGGACUCACCUGCUCAGGUUCAGAUUAUAUCAGGUUGGUGGAAGAGCCCAGCCGCUGCGCUGGUAAACUGGAGAUAAAAAAACACGGAGAGUGGAGAAGAGUGAAUGACAUGGAUUAUACAUGGGACCAGAUGUCUGCGGAUGCAGUGUGUCAACAACUGGGCUGCGGUUCUGCUGUUCCAAGAAAUUUGCUGGCUCAACCAAACAUCUCCCCCUCCCCCGACGCGGUCUACAAGGCCAAGGAGAAGAGGUUCCAGGUGCUCAUGGGCUCCAACUUCACCAUUAGCUGCUCCGUCAGACCACAGUACCCAGGAGGCUCCUUCCAGCUCAUCGUCCCCACCCCCGACCCAGUACAGAACUACACCCUGCCAGCUGUCAACCACUCGGCCCACUUCCUGUUCCCUGCUGCAGACCCCACCCACCGGGGGGAGUACCGCUGUGUUUACCACCUCUAUGUUUUCUCCCAUAACUUCUCUUCUGAGAGUCGGCCGCUCCAUCUCACUCUCGCAGCUUCUCUAACCGAGUUGAUUGUCAGACUUGUCGUCCUGCUCCUGGGAAUGCUUUCGCUCAUCACUGCCCUCUGCGUCACCUCUAAGACCAGCAGAAAACAGAAGCUGAGACAAGUGAACAGUGAGAUUUAGGAUCGGGGUCUCGCAGGUUCCAGGUCUGAAGGCCGGGGGUGAAGAGACCGGAGCCCAGAGGCAAGGAGAAGCAUCUGCAAGGGGCUCCUUAACCCCCCUGUUGUCCUCGAGUGAAAUAUGACCUGUUUAUGAAGACUUUCUGUAUCAAAACUAUGACAAAAGAACGCUGAAA